CUGCGGACCUUCUCAGCUCCGAGCAGGCGCAAGCAGCGGCGACGCGCAUCGUGCGCGCACACUGAGCCUCCGGUCCACCGGCUUCAUGGAGCUCGUGUGCGCGCGCAGGGAGCACUGAGAGCCGGAGCGCGGAGCGAAACGUGGGGCAGCAGCGGGCAGAGCGAGUGUAAACAGGCGGCAGGAUGGGCUGCAUCAAGACCAAGGAGCAGCAGAGCUCUUCGGAGAAAACUAAGGACCAGGAGGCAAAGGAGAGUCAAGGAAACUCCCAGAGUCCUCACUACGUCGAGGACCCCACGUCCCAAAACCAGAAGUCUAACUGUGGCUCCAGCGGUGAUGACGCCACGGCCAUCGCGCUGUAUGACUACGAGGCCGUCCACCACGAGGACCUCUCCUUCAAGAAGGGCGACAGGCUCAAGAUCCUGCAGGAGUCGGGCGAGUGGUGGUUUGCCGCGUCUCCCAGUACGGGCAAGGAGGGCUACAUCCCCAGUAACUACGUGGCUAAGGACACCCUGCAGACGGAGGAGUGGUUCUUCAAAGGUCUGAGCCGCAAAGAUGCGGAGCGUCAACUGUUGGCCUCCGAGAACCCGGUCGGCGCGUUCCUCAUCCGCGACAGCGAGACCACCAAAGGCAGCUACUCCAUGUCGGUGAAGGACACCGACGUAAAGAUAGGCGACUCGGUUAAGCAUUACAAGAUUCGCACCCUGGACAGCGGCGGCUACUACAUCUCCCCCCGGAUCACAUUCAGCACCCUGCAGGAGCUGGUCGCCCACUACCGCAAACAAUCCGACGGGCUCUGCCAGACGCUCACCUCCGCGUGCCUCAGCUCCAAGCCCAACAAACCGUGGGAGAAAGACGCGUGGGAGGUGCCGCGCGAGUCCCUGAAGCUGGAGAAGAAGCUGGGCGCCGGCCAGUUCGGGGAGGUCUGGAUGGCCACGUACAACAAGCACGUGAAGGUGGCGGUGAAGACCAUGAAGCCAGGCAGCAUGUCGGUGGAGGCCUUCCUGGCCGAAGCGAACCUCAUGAAGUCGCUGCAGCACGACAAGCUGGUGCGGCUCCACGCCGUCGUCACCAACGGGGAGCCCAUCUACAUCAUCACCGAGUUCAUGGAGAAGGGAAGUUUGCUGGACUUCCUGAAGAGCAAUGAGGGGAACCGGAUUCAGCUGCCCAAGCUCAUCGACUUCAGCGCGCAGAUCGCGGAGGGCAUGGCCUACAUCGAGCGCAGGAACUACAUCCACAGGGACCUGCGAGCCGCCAACAUCCUGGUGAACAAGGCGCUUGUGUGCAAGAUUGCCGACUUUGGGCUGGCGCGCAUUAUCGAGGACAACGAGUACACGGCCAGGGAGGGUGCCAAGUUCCCCAUCAAGUGGACCGCACCUGAGGCCAUCAACUUUGGCUCCUUUACCAUCAAGUCGGACGUCUGGUCCUUCGGCAUCCUGCUCACGGAGGUCGUGAGCUACGGCCGCACGCCGUACCCAGGGAUGACCAACCCGGAGGUGAUUCGGCUGCUGGAGAAGGGCUACCGCAUGCAGCGCAUGGACUCGUGUCCCCAGGAGCUCUAUGACAUCAUGGUCCUGUGCUGGAAGAACAAGGCGGAAGAGCGGCCCACCUUCGAGUACCUGCAGAGUGUGCUGGAGGACUUCUAUACGGCAACGGAGAGCCAGUACCAGCAGCAGCCCUGAGCGCGCGUGCGCACACACACAUACACACACACACCGCCUCUGCAGAAUGUGUCCCCUCACACUGAAUGUCCCUGAAACGCUUACUGCUCUAUCAUACACAACACUGUCAACAAGUGUCCCUGUCCACGUUUCACAGUGUUUGUUGUGUCUCUUUGUGGACAUGUGUCCAACACCUCGCUGUUCAUCAAUGCCAACGUUUGGAAGACGACAAAUCACUUGUUUCACUGCACUGUUCCUGUAAAACUGGUACUGCAGUGAAAAGACUGCAGGGCGGAAGCAGCAAACACACGUUUACACACAAGACCACAACGUGACCCCCCACCCCACCCAUGCUUUACUGAAAUUACAACAGGUGGACAAGGACAAAUGUGUAUGUGCUGGGUCCUCAACUUUGGAAAGUCUUCUGUUGGUGUAACACACUC